AUUUGUAAAGAAUCAAACUAUAUAAGCACAGAGUUUAUCAAAACAAUGAUGAAAAACCAAGGAAACAGUGCAAGUAAUGGGAAUAUUUCUAUGGAAUCAGAGUACGAGGAUGAGACCAUGGCUUCAUUUCGAGCUAAAGAAGAGGAGAUUGAGAAGAAGAAAAUGGAGGUAAAGGAAAAAGUGGAGUAUCAGCUUGGCAGAGCAGAAGAAGAAACAAGACGUCUCGCACAAGUUUGGAAUCAGCUGGAGGUGCUAGGAGACCCCAUGAGGAAGGAAGUAGCCGUUGUAAGAAAGAAAAUUGAUAUUACCAACCGUGACCUCAAACUCCUCGGACAGAGUUGCCAAAAGAAGGAGAAAGAGUAUAAAGAAACGCUGGAGGCAUUUCACGAGAAGAACAAUGAAAAAGCUAAACUCACAACCACAUUAGUAGAGUUGGUGAAAGAAAGUGAGAGGCUGAGAAUGUCCAAACUAGAGGAACUUACCAAGAUCAUGAAUUCAAGUGCAGCCUGAAGAUAUGACCAACAUUAUCUCUGUAUUGAGUUGUUUUAUUAAUUGAGUGACAAGUUUGACUUAACAUUAAGAUACAAUGUCCAUAGUGUGCAUUAUAUUUGAUUCAAUUUAGAAUUUUGGAGAUUGUUAGAUAUAAUGUGUGGUUUUUUUUAAUAAAUAAGAAAACGAUAUCUGUAUCAUUUAUUUAUAUCAAAAAAUAAGAACGGAUGCUUUUAUGCUGGUGUUAUUUUCGGUUUUUAUUUUUUGUUGAGUACAAUGUACGACUGACGGGUUAAUGGA